GCCAACUCCAAGUCCAACAUGUCCAACAACAACGACCGAGCUGUACCAGACGCCUCCGUCCGCGAUCUCACUGUGCAACUUCAGAGUGUUUCAAUCUCUGACACGAACCCUGCAACCAACAAUGCAAGCUCGUCCUCCACUGCCCGUCCUGUCGACCAAGGCCCCGCCGCCGCCGCCGCUUCGAGCGACCCGAUGCAAGACUUGGCAGUUUGUCUCGGCGUCUCGGCCGUUUUGGCGCGAUUUUCGCCUCGUUUGCCCAACGUCAACCUAGCCACCCAGCGGUCUGGCCUGCUGGCAGCUCUGCGUAUAGCGAGUACUAUCAACACAACGACUCCCCCACCUCCGUCACAGGCGCAGCAAACGAGCGCCGCGGCAGUGCUUCAAGAGCUGGAACUGUCUACCCAUGCUCUCAUUCCAAUGAUCGCACUUGUUGGUCCCUCCAUGAUUCUCAAGCAGCUGAUUGCCGAGCUUGAAGUUAGGCUGAAAGCCGACAACGAGAAGAUGGCUGCCGAGACGAGAGCCCAGAAAGCCGAGCAGGAGCGCCAGAAAGCCGAGACGAGAGCCGAGGUUGCCGAGACGAGAGCCGAGGUUGCCGAAGAAAAAGCUCGUCAUGUAUUUCUAUUGGAACUUGACAAAGGCCUGCCCCCUCUCGUCGGCUGUUUCCGACCCUCCUCCAUAACAACUGCAUCCUCGCGCCACCCACCAGCCACCGCUGUUGCUGGCACUUUCAACUGCCAUCCCCACCUGUUCCAGAAGUACCGAACGGCUGGCACCACUACACUCACGGUUAAGCUUGGCUACGACAGCGAAGCUACCAUUCAGCAGCUUGUUUCGGCCGUUCUCAUGACUCUGAUCCGAUCAAUUCCUCAGCACCUCAUCGGCCACGCGGAAGAUGAAGAUACGAGCAUUCACUUUUUACAAAAUGCUUCUUUAAACUCAACGAGUGCGAACAGUCAAAAGUCUGAUCUGUGGUACAUCUCCACGCUCGGAACGGGUCGCGGCGCCUUCGAAGUCAAGUGCCCCAGCCGUGCGUCUGCUGCCAACCACUCUGUUGAGGAAGACUACAGACUCGCCAAGGAAGAUAUGAAUGACGCCAAUAUCAUCGGACAGCUCUUCGACUACCUGCAAGAGCUUCGCAUGACGUUCAAUCUCAACCACGUUUUUGGCGUCCUCACCAACUACAAGUUCUGGAGGAUCUUCUGGCUCGAUGAUCCGCAGAGCAUCGCAAUGGCCGGGUCAGACGGCCCGCUGCCUCUUCCAGGCAGACCGGAUCUUGACGGGUUUGCGGCCGGGGCGCCGGUUCCUGAUUUCUCCUCGACGAACGCCUUCACGGCCAAUUUACCUGAUGGACAAGAGCUGCCCCGACAGCUAUAUGCUUCGAGCAUUUUCCGCCACGACGACCCUCAGCUUUUCCCGCAUUUGCUCUCGGUGCUCUACAAGAUGAGUCGCGCCGUUCCCAGCCGUGCCACCGGUGGCACAGUAGCGCUGCAAAUGUCACAGGCUGAUCGCUCGUGGCAAGCCAUUCCGACCCCCGUGCUGAAUUUUUCCGCGAUGGUGUCAAAGCAAGCGGAGCACUUCUGGCUGCUUUUCCGACUCGGCGGUGGCGGAGACGGCACAGCCUGGCUGGCCACCAACGGCAAAGGCGGCAAAGUCUGCGUCGUGAAGAUCUUUCUGCCAGGAACGUUGGCGGAAGAUAUUCAAGCCGAGUGCGAACGUUGGAAGAUCUGGCCAGGGCUACCAGCCACGUUCACUCACACCUUGAAUGAAGUGGGGCUCUGCCUUGUCAUGCCUUUCCUCAAGACGUAUGGUCAGCCGCGCACGGACCCAGCCGAACUCGACGCCAUCCGCACCGCCAUCACCAUCAUGGCGGAGGCGGGUUAUCGGCACGGCGAUUUGGACUGGCGUCAUGUAGGCUUCUACAGGGUGAAUGGAGUUCUUCACGCUGCCCUGCUCGAUCUGUCGCGCGUCACUCGUAUUCAGGAUAACGAUAUAGAGCAGGGGAAGAGGUUGAUGUUGGAACGGCUUGGAAUGCUGGCCGAGGCGUCGACAUGAGCCGACCAAAGCCAUUCGUGACACCGUGGCAGCAAAUGAACCAACAAAGAGAAGGAAGCGGCGCGCAAGGCCAUGCUCGCCAAACUUUCGCUUGAGCUCAAAGUCGAAUUGUGAUGUGUUGUGAGGUGUUUUUUUUUUUUUUUUUUUUUUGUCAAUCAUGGCCACUGUCUGCACUCCACCAUCCAGUGUCUUCAGCUUUCUGCAAUAAAUGUCAAGUUCCUUGCCA